UUCGUCCAUGCCGGCGUCGAUGCGUCGAACGUGCCGACCGGCAUGGCCACUCUGAACUCGACCGUCGAGUUCACGUACCGUAACACCGGGAGCUUCUUUGCCGUCGACGUGACGUCGACACCAUUAAGUCUCAACUACUACGGAAUCACCGUGGCCAGCGGAAACAUGAGCCAUUUCCACCAGUCAAAGCAGAGCCAGAGGGUGCUCAACGUGGUGGUGAUGGGGAAGCAGGUGGCGCUCUACGGCGGAGGGCCGGGUGUCAGCGGCACGGGCCCGGUGAACAUGACCCUGAGCUUCACGGUGAGGUCAAAAGCUUACGUGCUGGGAAAGGUGGUCAAGUCCAAGUUCCACGACGAUGUGCGGUGCUCGGUCGUGAUGGAUCGGACUGAGCUCGGCAGAGCAGUCUCUCUGAAGAACUCGUGCCGAUAAAAUCUCGAGAGGUAAAUGGAUGCUGAAUCGAGGCUUAGGGAACACUAAGGGAGAAAGGCUCCUCAAUUAAGGAACGUAAAGUUGGGUGAAGUAAGCCUAGUACUA